AUGCCCUGCACGGAGAGGCCUGCAGAGGGAGGAACUCAGCCGCUCUCUGUCCCCCCCCCUCACACUGUGCCGCCGCUCCAGGUCACCGUCAGGUCACCCUAACAGAACCAUUCAAUAAUUCAAGCCCUGGACUGCAGGGCUGGGACCCACAUGUCACACACAAUGAGGGAGCACAGGACACUUAACUCCAGCUAGGCGCUCACAGCUCAUCCUCGGUGUUCGACGGUUAAUGAGCCUAAAUGACCAGACACGAGCAGAGAGAGAUAAAUGAAGUGAGCAGGUACAGAAGAGCACGCACAGAGGAGCUCUGGGAUUAAGAUGCCACCUUGAUUCUUAACUGGCAUAUCUAAUACGAAUCAUAAUUUAAGAUAGGUACUGCUGUGAGGUCUGUCGAGUAUUACCAAGCUUCAGUGAUCUGCAGUUCAGCACAAAAAAUGAAAACAGAGAGAAAAGAUGUCCAAAGAAGGGAUGAACAAAAAAACAAAAACAAAUGUCCAAUUAAACUAUUAUCAAAAUAUGAACAUUCACCAGCAACACUUCCCAAAAGUCUGAAUGCAUCAAGUCUAGCAAGAAAACAACAAGUGUGAUUUUCAUUCUGCACACACAUGCAAACUGUACAGGAGGUCCAGGACUGAAAUGAUUUGGUUUGAAUGGUUGUACAUCACACAGUCUUACACUAUAGACUGUUUAUAAAAUGGACGCCGUCUGCCUCCUCGCUGGGUGAAGCGUACAACGCUACUGCGCAAUGUUGGUUUCAGGAAAUGGAGAAAAAAAACAGAAAUACCGAGAGCUUUUUGGCUUCAAAUCCGUAUACUGGCAGAAGGCAGAACCAAGUUGUGUAUGUUCCAUGUCUUACACAUAAUAAUCCUGACAUUCGUCCAUAAUGUUAAAAAUAUCUGCGGUAAGAUGCACAAUUGAGUGACUGAUCACACUAAAUCUGUGUCCCAGUUCAGGGUCUGCAGCCUUCAAAGAACCGGCCUCUAAAGGAUGGUCCCCAGCUGUCGUGGACUGACCUGAACUGAACUAAAACUGUCUACUAUAACAAUUAUACAGCUCUCUACUGCGCUAAAAACUAACGCUGUUUUUUAACUGGACAGUUUGAGAGUCUGCCAUCUUGAUUGUAUUUGCGCAUAAAGAAUCACGGGAUAAGCGAGGCUGUGAAAGGCUGCACCUGAUGCAGCCUUCACGGCCUGAGAAAAGCAGGAUACAUGAAGAGGAUACUUCAAAACGGGGCAGCCUUCAACGUGCCGCUGUGCCGCAUACAGUACUCAAAUGCGGCCUUGAAAGGCUGCAGUCCCUGGAUUGGGACACGGCUUCAGUGUGUGUUUAGUUCUCCUCCCUCUGCUGAUGGGAUUCACUGCAUUGAGACACUGUUAUUAUACAGAGGAGGGGCUGCUAUGUCUUUGCCAGCUGCUACAAAAAAUGAGCCAAAUAGGACUAAGAGACGACAACUUUUAUUAAAAAAUGUGAGUGAAUGGUCUGAGAAAGCCAGUAUGAGUCAACUGAACAAGUGUCCUGACAUAUAAGUGGGAUUUCUUUAUACUUUAAGUGAGUUUGGAUUUUUAAAUAAACUAACAUACAGAGCAGGGUCAACUUUAUAAUCAACAUCUGACUGUAUUCUUGACGUGACAUGACAAAAAUCCUCCCCUUCGUUCAUUUUUUCCUCAUCCCUGGCCCUAAAACUCUCCCGUCCAAUGUUUUUCUCACUCAGCAUGUGUGUGUUUUUACUUUUGGAUGGAGGCUUUGUUUUGAUGGCUCUCACACCAUUUUGACGGAGCUCCAGCUAGUGAUCAGCCAUCCUCAGAUUAACCGGUGCCAGCACAAUGUUGAAUUUGGGGAUUUAGUUUGUAUUUAGAGGGGACAUGUUGCAAUCACAAGUGUUUCAAAUAGCAGACAAACAAAACUGUGCGUUAUAGCAAACAUGCAGUGGUCUAAUUCAUCUUAUUUCAUAUCGCUUUAAUAAUCCAUAUCUUUAUUAUGUUGCCAAAGCUCUUAACUCUUCUUGUCUUGUUUGUUUAUAUGCACACAUAUUGCGGUAAAUAAAAAACCAUCCGCAGUUUUUAUAAGGUUUAUGCACUGGACUAUUUCUUGGCUGGGUCCAGUUGAUACCUGGAGUCUUCACUGGAUCUCUGGCGCCGUUCCCUGCCAAGAAAUAGUUUGGCACAAAGCUCCAAUUGGAAAUGGAAAAUUAUUGUUUGAACACAACAUUAAAAUGAAUGAGACACGGUGUGUUAACUAGUGAGUGACAAAGGUGCUCACAAGAGGUCUGAUGGGAAUCUAGAGCUGUGAGUAAACUCAGGGUCUUAUCAGUUCAAGCCUGUUCAAGGAGAAUUAAAGCAAACAGAGGAGCGAUGUCUCUCAAUGCUGAGGCUUUUUGUAGUUGGAUUAAAUGUGUGUGAAGUUUUAUUCAAUGUUGGACCCCAGAACAGAGAAUCUGCCUCCCUGAGUCUAAAUCAUGUCACAUAUGAGUGAAAGGCUGAAUGGAGACAGUUGUCGUUGUAUGUAGUCUUGGUGUCACUCUGGUCUCCAGGGAAACUGAGCCAGUCCAGGGCCACCAGGACAGCUGUGCCGUCUAACAGACAUAUAUGAGACAAAGAGCUGAAGAGAUUUCAGAGAGAAAGAAAGUCUGGCCGACAGUGAGACAGAAAUGUUGUGUAGUUAGAUGCCAUGAAAAGGUAAAAUAUGAGUUUCUUCAUUGUUAGAGUUACUUUUUUUCCCCUUUUUCCUGCCUGUUUUUACUCUCAGGUUUAAAGAGAGCAAAACUCUGCUUGGAUUGGUAAUCAAGGCAAGAUAGUGAAACCAUGUAAAACCAAUGGGUGGGUUCGAUAUAAGGUGGUUGGAUCACUCUGUCAGUAAGAAACAACAGGAUGGAGAUGGGAAACCUUCUCAGAUGCACUUUACUGAAGCAGAACGACACUUCCUUGUUACCUGCUCACAUGUUACUGGAAGGUCCAAUCAAAAGCUCAGAUGCAGGUAAAACAAUGAAAACCACUGAAGCACAUUUAACACAUCUGGUCACAACUGCAAGAAGCUGCAGAAAGUGUUUUCAACAUUGUAAAUAUAAAAGAUAAUUUAAACACAAGUUUACAAAUUUAUUUCACUGUUAAAGCUGAAAAAAUGUUGAAUCUGUUUUGGUGAUUUUGAUGAUAAGAAGAGGUCUGACUUCUGUUUGUUGUACGCUUGUGAUAUAUUUGGAGUUAAACAAGCUGCUCAAGAUCAGAAUUUUGAUUCAGAUUUAAUAAACUUGCUUCACCUUGUGUCUCUAAAGCUAAAUUUGUUAGGUUGUCUGACUCUCUGGGAUGCAUCAUUAAUGAUCAAUCAAAAAAACAAGCAAAGUUGUUUACUUCUCCAGAGGAUGACCUGAAAUUUUUUGGAUCUUUUCAAUAAUGAAUGCCAUGAUUCUUCUACGUCCAGAAGUUUAGGACCUUUUAAUUUAAAGCAAAUAAAAGGAAAACAGUUUUUUUUAAGGCUCAUACAGCUGAAAAGUCAGAGCAAAACCACUGUGCAACCAACAGUUUACAGACAAACUGAGAAACAGCAGAAACAGAGACACGAGGGUGCACCAAAUGAAGAUAGAAAUAUGUUCUUGCUAACUCCUGGUCACACCAAAAUUACAGACAAGUUGUACCAAGAGAUAAAAAAUAAAUCGUAUUUAAAAAACUUUAUUUCAGGCCCAGUUGGUCCAGAUCAUUCAAGAAACAAAAACAAUACAAAAGAUUGAAAAAUGAAGAAGAUAGUGGACUGGUUUGAAGAACGCUUAAAUUAAAGCUACCAUAAGGAGUUUUUUAUUGAAUAUAUACGUUUUUUUAUUGGAUAUAUAACAGACUGGAUAUUGACUGGAUGUAUUGGAUAUAUAACAAACUGACAUGAAUAAUGAUGUGUCUGCAUGGUGGAAACAACAAACAACAUUUUCUAUAUUGUAAGUUUUAAUGUUUGUAACUUACAGGGUAGGUAAGCUGCAGUCUUCCUUACUGUUUCCACAGUGAGUGAUAAAUUUUAUGGUUAAAAGACAAAAGGAAGAGAUUUUCUGUCUCUAGUUUGUGCUGAACUGAAACUGCAGUGGUUCUUUGAUAAUCAGGAUUUUUUCGCUUAGAGCCACGGACCAGCCUGCACACGCAGAGCGACUGGGAAUGAGAACAAUUUGAUUUGAUUUUUUUCACCGAACACUUGGUAAAAAGUGAAAAAGAAUCGACAAAGUCUCAAACUCUCCCUCACUUCCAACAGUGAAAGAAAUACAGGUUAGCUGCGCCCUCAAAACUUACUGAGCAUGGAGUUUGAGCCUUAACUGAGGUUGGUUACAGGAGAGCAAAAGGUUUGACAUCUUUCGAACCUGUCACUAAAUCCCCUAAUGAUCACCUCCUGAGCUUUAACCAAGAGAGGGUGGAAAUGAGUGAGAGCAUCAAUCCUGUCCAUCAGCUGAAUUAGUCAGGGGUCUGAGCGGACUCUUCAGAGUGCAGGCUAGCAUAACAGCUAAUGACGCCACGGCUCAGCACAGUGUGUCCCUAAUUGAACUUUAAACACUUGAAAAAGAAGAGGAGCGCAGGGACGAAAAUAACACUGUGUACCUAUUACUCUUUACGCAGCAGAGUGAAAGUUCAGGCUGAAUCCUCAGCGGGAUACAAAGAUACGAGUUCCUGCUGAGGUUAAAGGUGCAAACAGAGAUUUCCUCAGGAAUGAGAGUCACGGCGAUCCUCUGAGUGUGCAGAUCACGUCUGUUUUUAGAGCAGCUGCGGUGUUUGGGGUUUAUUCCUACUGAAUGGACAUUUUCAGAGAGAGGGUGCUCGGUGUGCAGUAAGACCUGGCUUUGUACAAUAGGCACAUCGUCCCAAGUGUGCCAUAAUACAUCAUGGAGUUUGCAUAGCAGGCAAGUCGGUGGUUUCACAUUUGCAAUUCAAAGCAGCUCCCCCCACACACCUACUCGCUCUCUGGAGUAAUAGACUCCUGUCAUUGAUGAGUCCCGAGGGUGCACAGAGCGAAUCCUUUCUCACGACUGUAUCGAUCGGCCCCAGAGUCCUACCUGAUUUACAUUGACAAGAGCACUGGGUCCAAAUGAAAGUAAGCAUGUUUUCCAAAUUGGAAACACAAGGGACACGUCGCUCGGCAAACAGACAGCUGGGAAGGUAAACGCUGACGUUACCUUGGAUUGAACGCUGAGGGGGAUGGCUGAGUUUGCUACUUUUGUGGCCCUUCCUAGAGAGACGGUGGUCAAUUUAAACAGAGUGUCUCUUUAUGCUGAGAGAUUUUGGCAGUUUUUCUUUUUUUCAGAUCAAGCAGGAAUGAGCCAGAAAGAGGAGACUGUUGUGUCAGCAUAUCACCACAUUUGAAGAUUUUAUUUUUGGAUUUCUGAGCAGACAGAUGCAGAACUUUCACAAAGACAAGACAAGAUACAAACUUGUAAAUUCAGCUCUCCAAAACAUAAUCUUGUUCUAAUUUAAAGCUGUGAGGAACUUUCAGUAUGUGUCCAUUUUUGUGCCCCCUGUGGAUGAAGUAGAUCUUGGCAUCUUUUUGUCCUUAUUUGGCAUUAAAAGCAAAAAUAAGAAAACAGUCGAUCUUGUCAUUGAUGGUCUUGUUUGCUUUUGUAUAUCAUAAAGAGGCAUCAGGGUGAAAUUCACUCUCACAGGAGCUUUAAAGUCAUAAAAUCAAAUUUUAAUAGUCUUUUAAAGUACUUAUUACAUGAGUUAAAAGAUCAAAUGUACAAACAUAUCUUACAAUAUGAUGUUAAAGCAAAUAUUUUGGAUUAAUAUCAAAAUAAUUAACAAAAUACAAACACAACAAAAAGCUUUUCUGGACUGCACUCACUUUCUGGUUCCACUUUGUGAGUUUUAAACACAGCACUGUCAGUGGGAGUCAUGUUUCUUUCAUGUGUACAGCUUUUAUUUCCUGUUUUAUUUUGACAAUCCACAUUUCCUCUUUAUGUGUAGCUUAACUUCCUGUAUUUCUCUUUUCUCCUUCCUGUGUGUUUGUGAAUCCUCCAUUAGUGUUUUCACCUGGGCUCCAUUAUCUCCCAUUUUCCAGAGUAACUGCUCAGUUUUUUUUCCAGUCUUUUUGUUAAAUCUUCUUCAAACCCUUUUUUGUGGUUUAAAUGCCUCAUUUGCAGCACUGCUAACGUGUUUUUACCUUACUUUACUGGACCUACUUUACCUCAUCUGUGGAUAUUUGAAUUUCCCUCCAUGUUCUCCAUGGACCCCCUCAAUCAUGGUAAGCCUUUUCUUUUAACUUUAAACAUGUUUCAUGCCUUCACUCCUACAAUUGAUACCAAAUAUGAUGAAAAUUUGUUUGCUUGUUCAGAGGCUAAAAAAGGGGCGGGGCUAAGAAGGACAGCAGGAAGUAAAGCCACAAAAAUGAGAGGGAAGGGGAUAGGAAAGGUUAAAUGUAACAUCAUCAAGCUAAACAGAUUAAAAUGACAACCAAUGGUAUCUUAACAACACCAAGCAUAUAAAAAGCAAACAUUUGCUGUCUUUUUUUUCUCAGUUUUGGUCUGCUCCAUCUUAUUUUCAAACACUAUCUGUUGGUUAUUCACAAGGAUGACUUCUGGCCCGAACAGGCCUCUCAUGCUAGCUCUGCCUUUUCUAACAUCUCUUUAUAGGCGCUUAGCUUCAAUUUUAGCUCUUUUCUUCUCUCAGUGAUGUUGGGGAGAAAGGGGAACGUAAGCCUCCCCUACCCUGGCCCUUCUUUCCCUAAAUGCGGUCUCUUAGAUUGUGGUCUUAAUAAGCUAAUCAAUCAGCAGGUUUACUUGCCCAAGGAAUUUGAGAUGCAGUUAAAGCUUGACUGGACAUUUUAACUGGGAGACUGUCAUUGUCCCAGUAUACCAAUACCAGACAAGAACCUAUUCAUUGACAAAAGUAAAUCUACCAUUGCUUCACUAGUUGCCGAUGCAAAUCCUGGUAAAAACUGUUUAGCAGGUUGUUCUAUUAUGACAUGCAGUAAGAAGCUAACUGGUUUCAGGCACAUUAAUGCAAUACUUUGAUUCUGUUAACAUCAUGCAAACAUGAUGAGUGUUGCAUGAAGUGUGAGAGUACUUUGACUUUAAAAAGUUCAGUCUUUUGGGGCUCAACAGCUUGGGCAAUGCUGGUUUUAGAGUUGUUGUUUUUUAAAUGCAGGUUUAUCUGCAAAAAGAGUUUAUUAUUGAGCCAUUAGAUGUAAUCAGACAAGUAAAAUACGGUUGUAAAAAAACAAAACACUAAGUUUGAAGUUGCGGGAACAUUGUCUUUAAAGGAGCUGUGUGUUUGAUACAGUUGUCAGGUUUGUGCGCCUGUUAAAUCAACAUGUAGAGGUUUGAUUUGUUUUGUGAACAUACAUUUUGCAGCAUAGUGCAGCUUUCAAAUAUAAAUUUUAUACAACGUGCAUCAAUGUCAGCAGCAGCAGCUCUUUGCCCUGUUUUUAAAGUUUGAGUUAAAGCUUCACUUUUGCUGUUUUUUCUACAAAGAAUAGGAAUAAUAUCAGGAGGGGAAGUACGCCAGGUUAACUCACAGUAUGAUACAAAGAACCACGGCAUAUGGGUGGCCAUAUUGAGGCGCCAAAUGAGCAGAUGGACUAAAACCCACAUAGUCAUUAGGUGUCAGGGCUCAUUGAAGAGUCAGCACCGUGGCCUGGAUGUGUGAUUUAAAAAAGUCAGUAUUGCCUUUUAAUUUCAGUGGAUGUAGUCGGUGGACUUUAGUGAACACAGAUAGGGAUUCCCAGAAUAGGAAAUAUCGCACCCUCGUGUACAAAAACACAAUGUGUUCAGAUUAGAUGACAACAGACAGGUAGGACACUGUGUCUUAAAGUGAAACAUUAACUUGUUCUUAUCUGACAGGGAGCAGCUGAGGUAUCUGGGCUGAUGUAAUUAUGUUGUUGAUGGCGGCUUUGCAUGAUGUGAGCGCUGACAGGGCCAGCAGCUCAGGGAAAUGUGAGCCUUAAAAAAUGUCAAGGGUUUCGGUUACACAGAGGAAUGCUACAGAUCUUGGGGAAAUGUCAAUGUGUAAACACAUUAAAAGGUUACGCUUCAUCAGACACGUGCACGCCUGCAGAAGCGCUGACAAACACACUGUCCGCACGAGGAACACACACUCAAACACACAAACGUAAACAGCGGCUGCACUCGUAAAUGACCUUUUGUCUAAUCAUUGUUUUUGAGUAAGCAGCACAAAUGGUGUUUUCAUGAAUCUUGCAGACAUUUAAAUUACUUUCUUUAGUGUAAUUUCUGCGAGGAACGGCGGUGCACGCAAGGAAAUGCCUGAAAUAUAGGGCAGAGCUGAACGGGAGGAAAAAAGCAAUUGAAAAAGAGGACAAAAAACAAGAGAGGACCAGCAGUGAAAUUUCCUCUGAGCUGUAACUUAGAAACCAUUAAAAUGCACAUUUUUCCCCUGAGAGUCUUGAAUAAUAGUGGCAGCAUUAUACCAGGACAAAGCUUAUUUGGUCUGCACAUACCCACUACUCAGCCGCUUGCUUUGACUUCCAUUUCUACAUACCCUAAAUUGUAUUUAAUAGCUUCAAUCAGUGAGCGGAUAGUGAAUCCCUGCUGCUAAUGCACUAUCCGUGUUUGAAAAGGGGGACAUUGUGGGUGAGGCAGCAGUCCCUUUGCCAUUAACGUUGCAUUACAUGUCCUGUUCCCCACAUAAUUACAGCUCUUGCUCUGCCACGGUGCAGACUCAUGGCUCCUGAGGUGGAGAAUAAAUCCAGCUGUAUCAGGUGUUAUGAGGGAGACAUAACGCACACAAACACACUCGCAUACACGCACAUACACACACACCUUGUCCAUGAUCGCCCCCUCUGCCUGCGUGACUUGGAGCUGGGAGUGUCAGCCAGAGUAUCAGCUAAGAUGAGCUGUGUGCCAGAUAUUGUUGGACUCUGCACAUAGAGCAUUGGGAUCCCAGCCAGAGAAAUCACCCUGUGCAGUGGGGUGGAGGAAGGUGGAUGGAGAUGAAUAGAUACUGAAAUCAUACUGUGCAGGAGUGGCAUCUGCUCAGAGAGUUUUGUGCGACGCCGAGCAGAGAGGACUGCUGAGCUUCUUUUUGAGCUUUGCUUUCAGCUGAACUGACAUCUCCAACUACUGUGAUGAGUUGAUGUAGAAAUAGCAGGCUACAUAUUUCCAUAAUAAGGCUGACACACCACCACUCAAACCAGCUCCCCCAGCAGCUGAUCCAGCUUUUUAUACGACUCUUCAUCCGUAUAACUUAAAAUUUUAAUUUGUUUACCUCUAACUAGUUUCAAACUUUUGAAUCUUGUUAAGUUCGGUUAAGGCCUCGUAAAUCUGUCCCAGCAGGAGUUCAUAUCAGAGUUAGAACAGCUUCUGACUUGCCAUUAGAACAUAAGAACAUUGUGGUCAUGUACGGCCUCAUCUCUGUGAUUAAGGCUAACUCUGUCCAUGAUACAGUGUGUUCACUCGAUGAUUGUCAGUUCUCUGUGGAUAACAACAGGUCUUCUUAUUAUUUUGCAUACGGACCAUCAAUUUCAUGACGCUAAUGCUUUUUAGAAAUCCUGUCCUUUUCCUUCAGCUAUCAUGAGAUAAAACUGAAAAGAGACAGAGUUGGACACUUGCACUUGCAUCCAGUACUCUGUUUUAAUGCUAAAUUGACAUGAGACGACUGCUGAUGGGCUCCAGGGUCGUAUUGCAGCACACUAUGGUCCUUUCCUUUCGCUUUGCAUGCAUACACUCUUCUGUAGUUAUGUGCAGAAUCUGUAAAUAGAAAUUAUAUUUAUCCAGAUACAAAAAUCCCGAGAGGGUUCAGACUGAGAUGCAUCUAUUCCGGCAGAGUUGGUCGUAUAUCUGUCUGCGCUCAUAAGUUAAAGAUUUGUGCUCCAUGUAAUCAAACUCCUAGCAGCAAAGCAUCUGCAUCCAGGCUUUUGUGCAGAGUGAUUUUUGAAGGGGUCCAACCAUCCCUGUUGAUGCCUCUGGACAGACACUUGAAUAUAAAAACUAUGUUUAUAUGUUUAUUUGAUAACACUUUACUUGACACCUGUCUCUAUAACACAUUAUAAAUAUAUGUAUAAUGUAUAUAUAUUUAUUUAUCUAUGUAUAAUGAGUUAUAAUCACAUUAUAGCACCAUAUAACUAUAGUUAUAAACACUAAUAAAUGAUCAUAAUGCUUUAUAGCAAAAAUCACAAGACAUUAGAAAGUAUUUUAUCAUGACUUACAAGGUCAGGUAUUAUAAUGUGUUAUAACAACUCAUCUCUGUGGACAAUGCCCACAUAAAUAAUUCAUGAUACAUAUAUUUAUGAUAUGUUAUAAUUUGCUUAUAAACUUGUAUAUAACUAUAAUUAUAAACACUCAUUAAUUAUCAUAAGGCUUUAUAACAAUAAGCAUGACACAUUAUAACACCUGACCUUGUAAGUCAUGAUAAAUGCUUCAUAAUGUGUUAUGAUUAUUGCUAUAAAGCAUUAUGAUCAUUUAUGAGUGUUUAUAAUGAUAGUUAUACAAGUUUAUAAGCAAUUAUAACACCUCAUAAAUAAAUGUAUCAUGAAUUAUCUAUGUGGGCAUAGUAAGUGAGUUGUUAACAGUUAUAACACAUUAUAAUACCUGACCUUGUAAGUCAUGAUAAAAUGCUUUAUAAUGUGUUGUGAUUAUUGCUAUAAAGCAUUAUGAUAAUUUAUGAGUGUUUAUUUCUAUAGUUAUACAGUGCUAUAACAUGAUUAUAACGCAUUAUACAUAUAUUUAUAAACAUUUUAGAGGUAGGCGUCAAGUAAAGUGUUACCAUUUAUUUUACAGAGCAUAUACUGAAUAUGUCUAACAAAAGAGUCUUCUAUUAAAAAACAAUUGUAUCCAUAAACAGACCCACACAUUGGGUCAUCAAUUUAAACCCAGUUGUGCGACCCAUUUGUUGACAGAUGGUUGUAUUUUGGUCCUAAAAGUGGACAUUUAGCCAAAAAGAUGAUGAUUUUGGCUCAGAUUUUACUUUGGUUUCACAGGGCAUUGGCAGUUUCCUCAUGGAAAGAAAAAUUUUAAUAGGAAGCUUUUGAUUCAAAAGCACGACAGAAGUUUCUAACCUUGAAAGUUUCUCAAAUUUAAUGGCGCAAUUAAAAAUAACUAGUUUGAAACUAGACAGUGGAAACUUAGGACUUCACAUGCAGAACAAAAACAACAAAAAAACAAUCAGAAAGCCAGAGGAACAAACACCGAGGUCGUAACCGAGCAAAGUAAGAGGCUGCAGGUAUAACCAGCUCCCAGUGUUUGAAGCACAAGUUAUUAUCUGUCACAAAAACCGACUGAGUUCCAACACACCGCGGGAUUUGAACACCAUCCGAGUCUCACCUUGUAAAAAUCACCUGAAACAAUAAGCGUAUCCGACGGGCGUCCCAUGAUGUUUGCCAAAUUCUAUCAAACACUUUGUCCUUGCAAUGAGAAGACAAAGAGGACCUGGUAGGGAGCAUGCUGCCCUUGCAUCUGUCUGUCUGCGUCCAUCAGCCCCUUGAGAAGUCAUUGAUCCGUACAGACCCUUUGCUCAUAUGCCCAGCAGACGCUGCAGCUACAGCAAAGACUUGCUCCUCCCUGACAGCACGACCACUUGAGUUUCCGUCAAGAAUGGGCAGGAACCCUGCAGCUGUCAACCUUACAGAGCGGGAUUAAAUGAGACAUGAUGACAAGCCAGCGGGCCGGAGUUUGAGGUCUUCAGACUGAAACUGCACCUUUUCUUUUCUGAGGUUACUCUUCAUGUUUUGCUAAAUCAAUACUUCCUCUUACCUGUGGGCUCUGUGUGAACUCAUUGCCUUGUUGACUAAAUCUAACACUAUUAAAAACUGCCCAAGUGUUGACACCCUUACUAAUGAUCAAUGUGCUCGUUGGGCUCAAUAGAAACCCAGUUGAUUUAUCCUUUAAGUAGUUUUUAAUGAGAGAGAACCAAGAAGCCUGGAUUGUGAUGAUAUAUUGAAACCAUCUUCAAUCAUUCAGUGUAAGAUAACAGCCUUCAGCGACGAGGAUAAUUAGCAAAGGGGACCAAAUUUAUGUAAAUAAAAUAAUGAGCCACUCGGAGCAAUGAGAUGAAAAAUGCUGUUUGACUUAAUUGUGACAAGAUAUUCCCUUUUAUGUUGUUAGUUAGCUCUGGCUGUCAUUUCUGCUAUUUGGGACUUCACUGAGCCCCCUAAGUUAAUUUUGGGGAGAAAUGGGAACAUGAGACGAAAAGGAACUCCAGCGGUUAGAUGAUCAGAGAGGUUUUUAAUGAACCCCUGGUCUGACAAACUUUUCUGGAAGAGACAAACCGAGGCAGAGGUGAACUUAUUUCUCACUCUGUAGCUUACAGAGUACAGCUUUCUGUUUUGAUUUUGACUAGCGUCGCCCAAGUGCUCAUGACUUAUAUCUUUGGAGAGCUCCUUUUUAAUUGCACCAAAAUGGACCAGUGUGGAAACCCAUCAGCCAUAAUUAGUUGAAACAGCCUCUUGGAGCAGUAAACACCAAUUUGGGACUUCCAGUACUCUGGCGGUGAGCGACUGAGGACAUCUGGUCGGGAAUUUAAUUUUUGGAUAUUGUCUUUGUGUACAGUAUCGUUGGCAAACAAAGAAUUGAAACGGAGACAUCUGACUUGAUUCAUCACACACAAAGUGAAAUAUUUCAAGACUUUUCACUAAAACCAAAAAUCCACCAUCUCAAAACGUCAGAAUAUUGUGGAAAAAUCCAAUUUCUCAUUAGUUAUUCCAGAUCUAAAAGCAGCUCUGAUCGGCUUAUUAACUCUAACCUGCAAUGGUUUACUGAGCCUUUCUUCUCUCGCUGUGGCUCGGUACACACAACCACAAUCAUAGGAAGACUGCUGACUAGACUUUUGUUGUCCAGAAGACUAUCACUGAGAAGGUCAUUGCUGAGAGGGCUGUAUGAAGGCAGAUUAAUGGAGAGUUGACUGGAAGGAAAGAAAAACAGGGAUGACUGCAGCCUUGAGGGGAUUGUCAAACAAAACAGCUUCAAGAACUCAGAGGAGCUCGACAAAUCAGGUCCAGAGUCAACACAGCCGACAAUCUACUGUGAGAUUUUAGAGCUUAGUGCUUCCAUCUGUAGAGAAGCUUUUAGGAGAUACAGGUUUCCUUUUCCAGCAGGACCUGGCACCUGCCCACAGCGGCAAAACUACCAGGAACUGGUUUGCUGGUGAUGGUAUUACUGUGUUUGAUUGGACAGCCAACGUGCCUGACAUGAACCCCAUGGGGGAUCUCUGGGAUUUUGCUAACCCUCAAUGUCCACCGCAUCCGGAACGACUCCGAAAAGGCUGUAUCCACCAAUCAUAGCUGAUCGUAACCAUUCAAGUCAAUGUGUCAAUGGACUCUGCAGCUGAUCGCUAGAGUUCUAUUUUUUCCGGAUGCCGGAGCAUGCCGGAUAAAUUCAGCACAGAUUAACCCGUGCUGGAAAGGAAGUCGUGCACAGACACAAGAUAAAACAUCUGACUUCUUUUCAAAAUAAAACACUCUGUGUUUCAGGUGGAUCAUGCAACCAUGCACACCAUGCAAACGGGCGGGGCCAGCAUUUCAUCCCGAUGACACCAAAGAUGAGGAGAUGCUGAUUUUUUAAGUCUAGAAGUAGAUUUCCUCCUCUAGAAGGACACAAUCUAAUGCUUAUAUGGUUCGCCUGUGUGGCUAAAGACAACUUGGGUUCUUGUGAUUUCUCGUGAUUCCUGCUGUCCGUAAUCCACUACGAAAUUCACCUCACAAAUGGAUCCGGUAGGAAUUGGCAGAUGGCAAAAAUCGCCACUGUUCCGGAUCGGAGCCAUUCUGGAUGCAGUGGAAAUUGUGGCUAAGAGAAAGAUGAAAGAUAUAAAAGCCGCCUGGUUUUCACUAACACCCCAGCAGUUUGUAUCCUGUUAUGAACAGGCUAGCUAGCUAAAGGUUUGCUAGCAGGAGCAUUAUGGUAGGCUAAUAACAUUUUCUAACCUUUUGCUUCUCUUAAUUUUUUCUUUUUUUGUACCCUGACCAAGUAGUUUAUGUGCUAUAUUCUUACCAGACCUCAGCAACAACAUUGUCACCUUAAAUAGCUUGGGGAUAGUCAAACAAAGUCCUCAAAUGUAAGUUAUUUCAAGAGGGAACAGGUAAAGUUUUUGUGUAUUGAUGUAGCCUUAAUCCAAAAAGUGAUAUUUGAGACACAUUUGUAAACGGUUCUAUGAUGGAUAAACAUUUAAAGCAACAAUACAAAGACAAGGGAAAAUUUAGAAGUAAGUAAAGUCUGUCGGUGCCUCUUAGGCUAAUGGUAGCCUUAAACAUUUACAUUGUUAUCAACAAUAUGCUUUAUCCAGCUUUUACCUCCUGCUGUCUUCAUAACCUACAGGUAGUUUUCUUCAUUUCUUUGGAUCAGGGACUUAAAAAUAAAUAAUACUGACAGAAAGUCAUCGGGCAUUCAUACUUCUAACAACUCUAGUUGUUUUCUUUGGAUCAUUUUGUUUAAAGUCACUUUAUUUUGCCCCUUAUUGACCCACUCAGUAUGCCGUCAGUAACACCGGAUCGUACCCAUAAUCUGUUGUGACAAAGUCCAGACACGCUGUGCAGAAAAAUCAAUGGCAUUACCAGGAAAGCUUGUAUCAUAACAUCUCUGAAUGCCUCCUCGUGUAAAGCCCCCGGACUGAUUCAGAAACUCUGGCCAACCCCAAGUCACGUGACCCAGUCACCGGCAGCGAGUGCGAGCGCAAAAGGGGACGCAGAGCCUCGGUGCACACCAGCCUGCACACCACCAACCACCACCGCUAUACGCCCAAUUUCUUUUUAAUUGAAACCUUUUACUCCCGCUCGGUGAGUACAUUUUCCACUGACAUUUUCUCACGCAUAUUUUUAUCCUCUUUUUCUUGCUUUCUUGUCUUGGUGUUGCGACAUGGGGGAAACUGUUUUCUCGUUUUCUGCAUGCAGUGAUUUAAAUCUUUGGAUGCUGAGUGUUGUUGCUCCGGCGACAUCCACUGAGAAAUCUUUCUACGUGCUUGCGGACGCUCUUGAUAUUUUUUACCCCUUUCUCUUCUCUUCUCUCUUCCUCUUCUCCUCCCGAAGCCGCUUCUUGGCGAGCUCACUUGUUAUUAUCCCCAACCUUUUCCUUAUUUUUAGGCUUUUUCCUCCCUUUCUCAUGGCUUGUUUUGGUCUGGUUUUGGUGCUUUCCUCUGAUCUCACAGUGUUUCUCUGGUGUUGGAGGCUGUGCGUCUCCGAGGGCGCAAAAAUAACAGUUUUGAUUUUCAUCUUUGAGGAUUUUACUUUUCUAAUAGGUGAGGAAUUGAACUUUGCUGGAGUUUGUUUUGGCAUUUUCAUUGCACUUCUUUACACUGCCUUGAUGCGCAAAGGGGAAGUUUUUGAUUUUGACGAGGAGCAUCUUUGACAGAGAUUUAUCCUAUAGCUCGAGAUUUUACAAUAUUAUAGAUAUUUCUAUGAAUCAAAGCAGAAGCACAUGUGAUAAUCCAUACUGUUGUUGCUUUAAAGACCUGAAAUAAAAGUGCUGAAAUGUACUAAAUAAAGCAGAUUUUUUUGCCCUUCCUUCUAUCUUUCAGAAACAGUUUUAAAAAAUAAGUCUACUGAAUGCAAAUCACUGCUGUGCAAAGACAAAAAAAACGGAGAAAACAACAGAUUUCUGCCAGUUGAGCCAAACACAGCUGUGCUCAUCCGCCCUGUUCCUCCUGCUACACACACACACACACACACACACACACACAGAAACCUUGUUGCAUUUGUGGGUGAUAACCAGUGGACACAUCAAACACACAGCAAAGCUCGGUAACUUAAACACAAUGGGGAAGAGGAGGGUUGAAGAGGAGAGGGGGCAGCGUUUGAGGCCUUGGCAGGUUUUUUUUGCAGCAGCUCAUUAUGCAAAUCAAGCUGAUAGAUUUUGAUGAAUAUUUUGACCUUGACACGCAGCCAGAAAUCACCCACAAACCUGCAGGCGACAAAUUAAAAACACACAAAAUCCACUGCAAUUAGCAGGCUGAAAAAAAAAGAGAAAAGAGAGAAAUGGUGGAAAAGAAAGACUGCUGGGUUCAGCUCUUUUAAAAAUCCCUCACUAAACUUUGUUUUUGUGCUCUCUGUUUAAAAAACGAUCCUUCUUUCAAUCACCCUCAACAGAUAUGAGUGACGGCAUUUGACAGCUACUCCAGCCUUCAGACUUUGCAGGUCAGGGAACAGGUGGGGGAAGCCGAGCAUGAAAUGUGCUGCUAAGCAAACAAUACUUAUCUCUGGCUGGGGAUGAAGUGGAAGGCUGGUUCUGGAAUAGCCAGCAGCCUAUAUACGCAUGCACUGAAUCACAUAUGAGCCAGAGGGGAACUAAGGCAGACAGGAAAGAAGGAAGGGAGGCAUGAAGUUUCCAGCAUUUCUGGUCCGGUCAGUAAUCUGUCCCUGCUCAGCUUUCUGCACCCAUGGGUCCUGGGAUGAUCAUUGACCCUUAGCAGGUGUAGGACAGGAGGGCCGCCUCAAAGCCACGCACCACAGAGUCCAUCUCCUAAAAGAUACGGAUGAAAAACAUUUUUGAGCCGUUCCUGUUUUCAGACAUUAGGUCAAAGAACAGAUUAGGAGAGCCGUUCUUUUUUUUAUGUCCCUGCAUGUGGAAGAUAACCAAAGAGGGAAACACAGCAGGGAGGCAGACAAACAAAAAAGAAAAAUUUUGUAAAAGAAAAAAGACAAAGGGGCUUUUUCAGGGGGAAAAAAGUUGCAAAGCGCCCACAUGUAUGUGAGCAACUUCUCAGAGCAGUCCUGUGUUACAUUAUGUAUGCAGCAAUACCCACUGCUCCUUAUUAGAUCUCCUAUUCUUGGAUCUGGAUUUGAAGUUCCACGCCUGCAUUAGUCAUAUUCAACACAUUUUUAGCUUUGUCUUUCAGCAGUUUAGAUAAACAAAUGCCACAGUGUAUGUAUGCACGCACCUGAUGCUCAGCUCUGUUGUGAUGCGUGCCAUUAGCCCGGCAGCGUCAGUAUCUCAGCACCACGGCCAGCUCCUUUUAUUCUCCCUUCAAAGAGAUUGUGCUUGAUUUCAGCACCAUGGACAGCUGCCAGCACUUUAUUGCUCUGGCAGCUGGAGCGUGCUGAUUCUAGCCUGGAAGUCUGGAGAGUCUCUUCUCACUAACCCCUGGCCUCUCCACCGCACAUGUCUUAGUCUGAGCUAUUUCAAGCUCGCUACCCUCCAUUCAAGAGGUUAAAACAGAGGUUGAACCACAGAUAAGGAACCAAAUGAUAAUACUUCUACAGAAGGACUUCUUAUAGACUUUCAACUUGUUGAACAACUUCAUUCAAUCUUUUUUCCAACCGAACUGGAAAAGUUCUGAGAAUUAACACAAAUAUCUGCACUAGAGGUACAGCAGACAUCAGCUCUGUAUAUUGUCUACGAUGUCUACAUUGGUAAACAAUCAUGAUUUUGCAACAAAACUACUGAAUUAGGUUCAGGAAAAGAUGAUUUAUAAAUGCAGUAAAAGUGAGAUGAUAGUUUUAUUCAGCUGAUUGUAAAACCCACCAUCCUCUGUACCAUCUGCCAGUGAUUCACAACCAGGGUUUGCACAAUCCAGGGAGUGUUUUUGCAGUUGCAGGAAGACUGACCUCAGAGCGAAUUGCUAUUGUAACACACAUACAACAACCAAACCAAACUUGGUAUCCAGUGCAAGUGUGCUGUCCUGGAGAGCAAACCCUACCUUUGCUGCUUUCCUUGAAGUUCAUUCAGUGUAAAGUUGUGUAAUUUUUGAUUGUAUGAUUGCAUCUUAGUGUCUUAGUCUGUGCAAUAAAUCACAAAAUACAAUGUUUAAGAUUUGCCCAGUCUUGACAAAUGAAAGCUGCUCAAAACUGCAGUUGCCCUGAGUGUCUGCUUGAGGCUGGCCGCAGAGACACAAGGAACCAUGUAGACACUGAGGCAAAAUAGCCAGUUUGUAGAGUUAAAAAAUAAACACAUUUACAGCCUUUUGUAACACAUUUGUUUAGAAGUUUUUUAGGUUAUGAGAUUGGUAAAUCAGAAGCUGACUUUUCCGCCUCUGACAGGCUGAUAAAAAGUUAGGUUGAGUCAGUAUUACCAGUGUGAGGACUUAAAAACUCUGCUUCAGAAACAAAUAGGUGACACUGACAAUGUGACAUCUGAUUAUUUAACAACCUAUGAUAUACAUGGACAUCAAUAUCUGCACUAAAUGGUGCUGAUAAGAUAAAGGGCAGACAGGCUUCAGGAUCUACUGCCAAAGAAACUCUCUCUCUGGUUUGGUGACAUUAACUUAAUGUUUAACUAAAGACGGUAUUAAAUUUUCCAAAGUUAAACGAAGCUGUUGAAGUUUUGGUGCUUAAACUUUACUGAGCUGCAAAAUGAACAACAUUUCAGGUUUAUGCUUCACUUGGUUAAAUAUUUAAAGUUUGGAUAGGUGUGGCCACCAUAUCUAUCUAGUUGUGAAUGAGUGAGUUAGAUUUGGAGUAAAACAAUGGAUUAAUUUUGUCUCUGUGAUUGUUUUUGCGUUGAUUAGGAAAGCUGAAGAGAGUCAAGUAAUAUAGGAAAGAGAGAGUAGGUGAGGAUGUGCUCUGAAUAUGAGCCACACUGGCUUCUCCAAAAAAAAAGGGCUUUUGUUUUGUUUUUAUACACAAACAGCAGUCAGGUUAAUGCAGGUCUGUUUGUUUAACCUACAAACUCCUCCCUGUACUCCACAGGUGAACUUUACUCCUCUUCAUACUGAGUCAGACAGCAUGACACCCAUUCACAAAACACACUCCUAAGUGAAACUCAUUAGAUUAAGAGUCUUACCGUCACAGGAAGAGAGAUUUGUGUCAGCGUAUCAGAUUAAAUUCUGUGACUAUUUGACUAAAAGCAGCGAGGCCUGGUCAGAAUAUUUGAGAAAUGAAAAAGACUGACUUGACCUUUUGAGAUUGAAAUCCUGAAAACUGGUAAACAAGCUGCAGGAAAGCGAAGAAGAGAUCCAGCUUAAGGCGCAACACAGUGUUCAUUUAAAAUAUCUUGUUAAGUCAUAUCCUCUGUUGUGUAGUUUGCAGAUCAAAAGUACAUCUGGUGAAAUGCUCUUUAAAAGAAUCGAUUGAGGAAAAUGACCAAAGUGCUGCCUAAGAUCGUUGUUUCUUGUCAUCCAAGAAACAUUAAAAACACAUCAAUAAAUGUCACUGUGCCCACAUGACAAUGAACACAAAAACAGCUUAUUCUGAGUCAGUCCCACGCUCACUGUCUCACUCUGUUAAUACUCAAAUGGACACCAAUUCUGCAUUAAUCCACAGCUGAAUAUAGUCCAGAAUAGAUGUGCUAUUUAUGCCAGGGGGAGGAGGGUUUGUUUGAUUUAUAGUGUCCAGAUGUUGCAGGAAGAGUUUAUAAAGGAAGUCUUUCUAAACUGUUUGACUCUUAUCUUCCAUAAGAGGUGGUUAGCUUAAGGCUGAGGGUCGUGUGUCACUGUUUUUGUCCUUUCAGAGAGUGAAAUUUCCCCUUUGAAAUACAGUAAGUUUCAACUAUUGACUUUAAUGGAUUAAUAUGGACGGCACACCUCGAUCGAAAUACCACCUCAGCAAUAUUAUGCCAGUGGAGUCCAAGUGUGUGCUGAAGUGAUCAUAGCUGUAGGGCUGUCAUCACACUCCCUCUGAUAACUGAGACACACAUUUAAAACAGCAAAGAGCUCUCAGGUUGGGACAGUCCAAAUAGAUACUUGUGUUGAUUAGAAGCAAAUACAGUAACACUUAAUUUGACGUCUAUCUCUAUAAUGCAUUUUAAAUAUAUAUUUAUAUGCGUUAUAACAGACCUGGCCCCUUGGAUGUCCCUUCGUGAGGUACGUCAAUUAAAUCAUCAACAUGCUAUACAAGUGUGUUGCUUUUAUUUUGAAAACCUAGCCGUUGUUUUGUUUCCAUUUGGACGCACGUGCGUACAUCCUAGAUCUGCAUUCGUGAACAGAGACAAGUUUAAACAAAGGCAAAAAUAUUCGUAGACGCAAACGACGUAAACGUCUUUGAGCUUGUUUCCCUCAAAAGUUGCUUGUAAGACUUGUGAGUCGCGGGUGAGCUUUUUGGGGGUUUGUUUGUUGUUUUUAACUAGAAGUUGCUUAUUUAUGCAAAACUCAUAACACAUUAUAAAGGUCAGGCAUUAUCAUGUGUUAUAGCUAUUAACAAAUCCCUGACAAUGCCCACAUAGAUAAUGCAAUGCAACAGGUGUUAACAGUUAUAACACAUUAUAAUACCUGACCUUGUACUCAUGAGAAAGUGCUUUAUAAUGUGUUGUGAUCAUUUAUGAGUGUUUAUAACUAUAGUUCUACAGUGUUAUAACGGGAUUGUAACGCAUUAUACAUAUAUUUAUAAUACAUUAUAGAGAUGGGCGUCAUAUAAAGUGUUACCGCAAAUACUAUGUAAGUCUUCAUUGCGAUUUCUUCACUAUCUAACAAACCAGUUCACAUUGGUCAACAGAGCUGUCAAUCAUGAUGUCAUAUCCCCUCAUUUUAAACAUCAAAUAAUUGCUGCCAAUCACCACCAAGAGCUCUUCAACUUCUGGCUUCACUUUGGACGGCUGUUGCGUCAUGCAUGAUUUUAUUCACUCUAUAAAAAACAUAUGUAUGUUAGUCAAAUCUGCUGUUUUGUUGUUCGCAUAGAAGCAAGUUUACCAAUGUAGUUUAAUUACCAUCUUUGUGACGCAGCCCUAGUUUAAAUGAAACACUCUGAACUCUACAAAUGACACAUUCGUUGCGUUAAUACAGGAUGGAUUGCGUUAUAUUUUCAGGUGUAACUGCUGUGAAAUAAACGUGAAAGAAACUUGAAAGCCGAUGAAUCUCUGAGACAGAAAAACGUGUGUCAACGUGUGUUUCAAAUAGGCGUUACGUGUAAUGUGCACCUUUAGCAUGUAUUCACUCCACUCUCACUGUGUUUGCUAAUUCUGUGUCUUAUCUUUUAUGCAAGAAACUGAAAACACUCUCAGUUUGUUCACGAUUAAAAGCACAGCAGAAUUUGAAUUGCAGAUUAUUCCUGAAAUAAACCCAUAAUCAUGUUGUUUUUAGUAUUCUCUGUGAGGAAACUCCAACACCUCCAGCUUCCUGCAGAUUAAACCGUGUCUCCCUGCCUUUCACCCUCUUUUACCUUUGACCUCUCAAAGCAUCACCUGGAUAUGACUUUGCAUGUCACUCUGCCGCCUGCUCGUGCCUUAAAGCAGAAACCAGCUAAUUACUUGCAGCUCUAGUGACCCAGUUACUUUAGCCUAGUGGAGCGAAUGCUAUAUUUGGCAGUCACACAAGAGGAGAAUUAAGGAAAUGGAGAAAUUUGUCAGUGCCAAGAGAUAUGGGAAAGCAUGGCGUUUGUUCACAUGCCCUGGAGGAUGGCUGUGGACUCCCCUGGUAGAACAGCAGGUGGAGUCUUUUUUUUUCUCCCUCUUGUUCCUUCGAAGGCACAGAUUGAUGCAGGAGUAAUCCAUGGUUUGGAGUGUUUUCCUCAGUGCGGUAAACAGGAAUUCCUCCGGAUAGAAUGAAAAAUAAACUUUGAAAGACACUUAAAUAAGCAGCAGCACGAUCCGCGAUGAUGCAACUGAGGAUUUUUGAGGCACAAUAGAUGGUGAGGGCUGCUGGCGGGAAGAAAACAGGGUUAAAAACGUUCUCCUUAAGCAAAAUGUCCCUGUGGAUUUAACAAGGCAACAUCUGAGGAGCUGUUUGCUAUCAAAGUGUCCUCCUGCACCGCUCUGUGUCUCACUUCUGUCGCUGUUUACAAAAGCUAACAGUGCAAACACUCGUAAGCUGCAUAAAUGAUGCACACUGACCUCAAAUUUCAGGUCUGCGAGAGCACGCACAAACACGUUGAUUGCAGAGAUAAUCAAUUGCUGUUUUUGCAAGAUGCAAUCUAAAUCACACCGCAGAGAUACGGCUUCUUCCCGCCUCACUGUAUAGGUCACAUUGUGCUUUUAUCUCCCUGCUGUCAUCGUCCGUCCGGGCUAUAGGUUGCUCAAAAUCAGAUUAUGGUACAACUCAUUUUGGGCACGUUGGUCGUCUGCCCUCAAGUCGCAACGCUUCACAGAGUUGCCCAUAAAUUCACUUUGAAAAGGGGAAGAGAGGAGAGAUAAAGCUGAUGGAAAGUGGAGACUAUUCUCCAUACAGGAGCUCGCAACCUUACGGUUCAAAAAGUGGCUUCAUUAAGGGUAUGAAAAAUAUAUAAAUGAUAAAAGGCUGAUAGCACGGAAAUAUAAAGGGAUGGAGUCGUAGUAAUAAUUUAUAAAGCAGCUCUACCUACCGCAUGAUGUAUGCCUGCGUUUCCUGUCUUUGAUAUUCUGGUCCAAGGCCCGGCUUUGAGCUCCUUGAAGAUGAUUGACAUUGCAAAUGCCCCCCCCCUCCUCCUUUUUUUUUGAACUUCUCUCAUUCCUGUCUCCCAUCCCAACCUUUUAUUUCCCUCUCUGCCUCUCUGUCUCUCUCCUUUUGUUGCCAUUUUCCUCUCUCCCUUUUCAGUUCAAACUCAGGUUGAGUAUUCUGCAGAAGGUAAUAGGAUGUGGGGGGAAAAAUGAGAAUAUGCUGUUUGACGGUCAUUCUGCUUGUUAAAAUCCACAGUGAAAAUGUUUUAGAGGAAAAUUCCAGGAACAUAUACAGCAGUAAACAGGCCUCAGAACUGCAGGGCUCAUUAUAUGUGUGCAGAGGCAGACUUUUCUCUAUCUGCUCUGCACCGUUAGCUGGUAUUUACUGUACAAGUCCUGCAGGAGAGAUUAGAUUCCUCUGGGCCCCUCUGGGCGGGGAGCAGAAUGGCCCAGCUAGGACCUCUAUUCAUUAAGCCCUUAAUUGCUAAUUGAGGUCUUUGAAUGAUUCAGCAAUAGCUGCUGCUGUUGGGGCAUUAGCUGAGUAAUUUAUGGGUGCUGGGGAGCAGGCAAAAAAAUGAACAAGGGCGAGAAACUGUUAUUAAAAAGGACACCGGUGCCUGCAGAGCGUUGUUAUUAAACAACCACCUCAUGCUAACACUUAAGAGUCCGUGCAGAGAUUUUUUAUGGCCAGUUUCAACCAUCUUUCAUAGUCGGCACAUAAAUUAUCUCUGCAUUAAUUACAGUCCGUUCAUUAUAUCUGUAAUAGCCUCCCAUUAAUAAAGAGCUAUAUGCUGAUUGGCUCUCCAGCCCCAUGCAUUAUGAUUAUUUUUGGUUAGGCGUUAUUUUCCCUCAUGGAAGUUAUACAACCAAGAAAAACAACUCUGACUUUUUUCUUGUUUCCAACUAGAAAUGGAGAAACUGCAACCAUCAAAUAAUGUUCCUUGCAGUAAAAGCUUUCACUCAAUCAUUGAGUGCUUUUUAAUGGGACCACAAUUUUUCAGCUUUUAUGGAUUUUCUAGUAGAAUAAAAAAAAAAGAAAGACUCAUAUUUCAUGCAGAGUGCUUCCAAAAAGACUAGUAAGACUAAUUCACUUCCUCUAAAUUUGACUCUGUAAUGGAGCUUUUAUGAAACCUGAUUUUCAUAUUGUAAUUGAAAAAAAUCCUGAUAAUAAUGAUAAUAUUAUGAUUGCAAUAUUUAGAGAUAACAGCAAAAAAUAAACUGAGGUUCUGCAGACAGAGCAGAACGCAUAUGCAGCAAGAAGUUGGACCUCAGCUGGUAAAAAGGAAAAAAGGUGAUCUCACCAGGAAAGUUGUUGUCUGUUGUGUCUUUUUCACAAACUUUUACGGUAAAACAUAAACAGACUUCGAGAGUUGGGUAAUUUAACUUCUGCGUUAAAGUUUGGGGAAAGGACUUGAUGAAAAGCAACUUUCACCGGUGAGAUCAGUCCAUUUCUUUGAGCAUCCGCGAUCCAAGUGAGGUCCAACUUCUUAACUAUGUUGGUCUGCAGCCAGGUCCUUCUCAGUUGGUAAGGAAACUUCUUACAAGUUACAAUGUCGUUUAGAGCAGUGGUCCCCAAACUUUUUUGUAGCAGGGACCAGUUUCAUGCAGGAAACCAGGGGCGUGGAGGGUCCAAUAACAAAAACCUUAAUCAGUACAUAGUAUGUAAUCUGGAUACAACAAUUGCAUUUUAUAUUAGGCACUUUUCAUUACACUUUAACAUCAACUCACCAUAAUGUCGAAUCAACCCUUUCUCUCUCCAGUGAACUCUGUUUCAGGCUCAUUUGUGCAAGGGCUAGCAGGAAAAUGACGUGCGGAAGAGUCAAGUGCGAAAGUGAGGCGAUGGUGGAAGUGGUGGUCUUUCAAAAUAAGAUACUGGGAGGACGGAUGAAAAGAAAAAAAAAAAAAAUUAAUCAUCGUAAUUUUUUCUGCGGCCCAGUACUAGUUGAUCCACAGACCCGUACCGGUCCGGGCCCCGGUGGAUUGGGGCCUCUGAUUUAGCAGACGCUUUUAUCCAGAGAGAGACAUACAUAUGUAAACAUACAUACUGUACAUGUUCUGAUGCAGGUGAGCUACAGUCAGACUCUUUGACAUGAUUUGCUCUGAAGAAUCAAUCACACACUGUGGUAAGGGUAAAGAUAGUUGGCUGGUUGCUCUUUCUGCUGCUGCUCCUUCUUUUCAUGUUUCGUGCUUAUAGAACCAUCAGAAAGCUUUUUCUUUUUCUUUUUCUAGCUUCUUUUGGGGGGAAAAGUCUCUUACCAGUCUUGUAACCUCUCUGCAACAGAGCAAAUUAUUGCUCCUUAUGUUAACUAGAAAAGUGCUCUUUUUAUAGCUAAUUAGCCAUUCGUCUGUGUUAAAUUCAUAACCACUCUGUGAUUAAACACCAUUAUGCCGUAAUACAAUUAAACCCCCAUCUCCUCCAGCAAUUUGAGUGUAAUAUUGUUUAAUUAAGUAUUUUAUUCUGCACUUACUGAUGGACCUUUUUUAAAAAACUGUAUCUUCAAGUGUAAAAAACUUUCACAGAGGUCAGCUACCAUCGUCUGUUAGUGAAUAAAACCUCACAGUAACUCGGCGUGAUCGAGUUUGAUCACUAUUUUAUCAACUUUUUUAUUAUUCACAGCAGCAUUUUUGAUAAAUUCCCACUUUGUAUGCAGAAUAUGUUCUGAAAUAACCACUGGGCCUACCUGCACUGCAGCACAGUUUGUAAAUUUAGGCUGUAUAAAAUGGUAAUUAGAUUUCAGUCCACAUUUAUUCGCUUGUAAUGCGUUUGGCUGUCAUUCAAGAAGAAUGAGGCACAAAGAGGGAGAAAAGGCUUAUUAUGGCUGCAUAUUUCAUUCUCAUAGCAGACAUGCUUUUUGCAGGGAGGCACUAAAAGUUGAGAGAUGUUUGUCUCUUGAGCCAGAUAAGGCCUGGGACGACGUGCCUAUGUCUGCAGGGAGGCUAUGAAGACGUCUAAAGUUAAACUUACUUUCCUCCAUAAAACAGAUUUUAGAUUUGAUGUUUUUACUUGUCAGCUUGUUGAAGAUAGAAUACUGCACAGCAACAUUUGAGGAGAGGAGAGCUAGUUUGGCCCGAAUGCAGCACAUCCCGUAUGCAUUUGUCACAUUGGAUGAGGAGUUUUCAUCUCCAACGCACGAGUCAGAGAGGAGAGAUCAGGGAGAGAGGAAGUGCUAAAAUGAUUACUUUCACCACUUCCUCGCCUUUUUAUCUCAGGAGAGUUCAGACUCUGAAGCCCCUGACAGACGGUGUGAAAGGACCAAAGAGGAUCUGUGAAAUACUUACACUUGGAACCUUUGCAGAAGGAAAUCACUGUUGAGCACUCACUUCUCUUUUUAGGAAAGACUUCCAAGAAGAAAACAAAAAAAAAUCUGAGCAGAGGGGGAAAAAAACACGCCAAUGAUGAGUUGGGAUGCCUCCACAGCUUCACUGAUGCAUGAAGAUGUUAUUUAGCAUUAAUUUCCAGAGCGCUGAAUAUGCCAAGAUGAAUCCAAAACCGUCUCUCUCCUCUGUCCUUGCCCAUCAGGCUGCUUUGAAUUCAGAAUGAGUGUGUUUUCUGGCCUGGGACGUUUCCACCAGCGUUUGCCAGCAGUUAUGCCACAUGUUCUUCUUGAAAAGCUUUGAGGAUCUUCGAGGCUCAUGAAUAUGGUGAAAAAAUAGCCUUGGAAGUCUCUGUUUCCGUUUUGAAUGAGCUGACGGGAUAAUGUAAAAUGCUUUCUUGUGACCGUUUUCAUUAAAAUCAUGUAAUUGAGGGCAAUUAACAAGAUAAUCCUCAGGACUCUCUGGGAUGUUAAUCUAGGAUGAUAUAUGUGUAGGAAGAAAAGCAGAGAGCUUAUGAGGGCCUCAAUGGGUUUAAGACUGCCUGCAGUUGUUUUAUAUAUCUGCUGCAGCCUGUGGUUAUUUAAAGCAGGAGUUCAGCGGGUGCUCAGUGACCGUUUGAUGCUGUCAGCUGCUAAUACAAGUCUGACAAGUUUAGAGAGAGUGUAGAAACCAUGAAACAUUACCCACACUAAUGUCCUGUGUCCAUAAGUGAGUUUUCAGCAGCCUCUAAACUCAAACAGACGGUUUUUACUUUCCUCCUGAUUAAGAUUGUCUUUGACUACUUAAUAGAACUGUGUUGGACUCAAAACAGCAAAAUAAAUCUGAGUUUUAAAGAUUCCCUGUCUUUGCCGUGUCACCGAAAGUUAUAGGGGAAGGUUAACCACCCUCUUGUCUGGUGAAUAAAAGCUGAAUGAGACUUCUGUCUUUAUGUUCAGGAUUCUUCCUGAACAAUUGCAGUUGACAAACUCUUGCCCAGGAUUUCCACAACAUCUGGGACGGCUCUGACCCGGAACAGCGGCAAUAUUUGAUGUAUGCCAAUUCUUCAGGGUGCGUUUGUGAGGCAAAUUUCGUGGUGGAUUACAGACAGCAGGAAUCGCGAGAACUCACAAGAACCCGCAGAUUCACGUGCAAUCACGUCUUUAGCUACAUAGGCUAACCAUAUAAGCAGUAGAUUGUCUCCUUCCAGAGGAGAAAAUCUACUUCUAGACUUAUAAAAUCAGCAGCUCCUCAUCCAUGGUGUCAUUGGGUUGAAAUAUUGUCUAUAAACCCUUCACUUGUUCGUUUGAAUAGUUUGAAAUACGAUCGGCCUGAAACACAGAGUGUUUUAUUUUGAAAAGAAGCCGGAUGUUUGAUUUUGUGUCUGUGCCCGACUUCCUUUCCAGCACAGGUUAAUCUGUGCUGAAUUUAUCCGGCUUGCUCCAGCGUGCGGAAAAAAUAGAACUCUUGCGGUCAGCUGCAGAGUCCAGCGAUCCGCAGCGGAACGGAAAGAAGCCGGUGGAAAUUGACACAUUGACUUAAAUGGUUACAAUCAGCUACGAUCGGCGGAUACGACCUUUUCAUAGCUGUUCCAGAUGGGGUGGAAAUUGGGGGUUACAACACACAAGGCAAAUGUCACAACUUCCAACAUUGCCUUUAUUAUCACAACUAUGUUACUUGAUAAUGAUCAGCAAUCUAGAGACGCUCUCACCAACACUGAUGCUAUUGCCUGGAUUGCAGGACAGAAAGUUGUAGAGUUGGGUGAUCAAUCAGUUUUCACUUUUGAUGAUGAUUUUGGCUCUGCAUGAUCAUAAGAAUAUGAUAAUCGAGACUGCCACGUUGAAUUAGACACCCUCUCUCUCUCUUUCUAAUACAACAAGAUGCAGAAGUUGCGGCUCCUGCUGAGAUUAAUGGUGAACCGCUGUGUCUUGAACAUGUUGUGCGACAGUGGUACAAACUAUGAGGCAGCCACAGGUGGAGAGAGGAGAGCAGGGAGAGGAGCAUCAGGAGGCGUACAUAUCCGUGUUUGUCUGAAAAGCCCAGCGACAGGGGGACAAUCACAAGUGUGCUCAAGUGCCAAUGAGCUCAAGACCUCCAGGAUAAAAAGUGAGAGACACUUUUCCAAAGCAUAAAGAAUACAAGCCAAAAUCUUGACAUUAUGAAGGACGUUACAUUAAAAACUUAAUUGUUGAAGCUUGAUUUGUUAGAGCUGCAGCCAGUGAUAAAAUUCAAGCAGUAAAAGAGCUCAAAUCCUUCAAUUUUUUUAUGACACACUGUAAAAAUACUUCACUGUAAGUGAAACCUGGCAUUUAAUUUAGUGUUGUCUUCACUCCACACUUAAAGUUCAAUAAAGGAUUGAUGGGCACCCUUUUUCAGUCGUGGUACAUGUGACUUUUAAAAGAUUUCUAUCAUGACGAUAUCAGUAAGAAAGGCUUAAUUUGGUGAACAGGGAACGGAAGAAUACUGACUGUGUGUUUCUAAGGAUGAAGAGGUUUUAAGUCAAGAUGUUUGCUGUAAAUUUGAUACAGUUUUGAGGGUCUUUCUUCAUAUCGUAAGGCAAGAAAAUCAUGCCUCUACACGAUACACACACAUUCCUCGCUUUUUCCCUUCCUGACCCCCGGCGUCUUUUUGACAAAAUAAUUUCUUUCAAACAUUUGAACUUGUGUUCUGCAAUCAGAGGCCAAUUAUAGACUGUAUUUGAGACUUAAUCCCGGCUCAGCAUGGGCUUCAAUUAGGAGGCUUACAUUUUCUACCAUUACAUGUGCUGAGGAGUGUGCCCUUGCCUGCUCAAUCAAGCAUCUAAUGGCCUCACCUCUGUGUGUGUGUGUGUGUGUGUGUGUGUGUGCGCUGUAUUGAGGCCAUUCAACACACUUUACGUCCAUCAGUCACUUAGCUGGUGGGGUUAGACGAUGGAGCUGCGCCGCUGUUCAAAGGUGGAGGUGGAGUGAAAGGGAUUUGAUUGGAUUGGAUUGACUGCUGGGCUUGUUAGUCCUUGGCUCUGUUGAUAAUUAAGUUAAUCAACUCCAGAGGACUCAAUGAUGGCGUAGCUAUAUUAUGGGUCUGCAGUGGUUUUAAAUUAUCUUCCAUUCUGUGAGGUGCAAAAGGAUUUUUCUCCUUUUGAAGUACGGCGCAGGAGAUUUAGACUGGAUUAUGUGUGGGCGGAGCAAAAGGAUGGAAGUGAGGAUCAGGUAGGAUGGAGAAAAUUGUGAUGGGAAGUUUGCCCGAGAGAAGACUGGAUGUAGAGAGUGUCGGUUUUAGUGUACUUCAUGUGUGUGUGAGUAAGAGUUAUUUUUAGAUAUACCUGCAUACGUCAUUACAUUUUCAAUUCUGUUUUUGCACGUAUUUAUUUCUAUUCAGACUCCUGACGGCUUUCAGCUGUAGCCAGAAAAAAAAAAAAAAUCACAGUUUCUGCCUCCCGCUCUGCUGCGUGUCACAGGAGGAAACGAGAACUUAUCCAAAAUGAUUUAUCAACAAAAAUUUAGCUGUUUCUGAACAGAAGAAGAGGGGCAAAAAAUGGAUUCAGUUAUGUUUCCUCAUUUUGGAUUCUGUUUGGAUUCACUGUGCAACAUUUGUAUUUAAGGAUGCUCCACAAACAAAGUCUGAAAUAUCAAACAAACUGUUUAUGAAGUGAAAGGUGCUGGAAAAAGAAAAACUAUACUGUAGUUUCUGACAUCAGAGUGAAUACUGUUACAGGUACAUUAAUGCAGGUUUACAUAAAACAAGUUUGUUUUGUCAUAAAGUUUAGCAUAAACAGGAGCAGGUUAUAAAGAUGUAAUUUAUGGACUAAAAACAUGCAAACUGUAUCAUUUCAGUGACUCCAAACCACAGUGUGUUGAUUCUGCUCUUUGCCUUUUCUUUGGAAUUUAAUAUUUAUAAGUAACUGGAUGUUUAAAAGUGCUGUUAUGUGAUAAUUUUGCGAAUAAUGUGUGGAUUAUCCCAGAACUGUUGCGUCUUGAUAUUAUCAGUAUUUUGGGCCAUGUAUUAAAACCUGGUAUGUCAAAUAGUAAGAUAGUGUAUUAUGCUGUAUCAAAUAGUAAAGUACAGUAUCCAGCAGCAUCGUGUUGUAUCCUAUCGUAUCAUAUUGUAUCAUAUCACUCUACUGGCUUGUAAUCAUAUGGCAUGGUAAACAUAAAAUAUCAUUCUGUAAUUGUAUUGAAAUUGUAUCUUAUCUUAAUCAUUAUCAUUUCCUAUUGUGUCAUAUUGUAUUGAAAGUAACAUAAUGUAACAUAAUGUAACAUAACGUAACGUGAAUUAAUGUAACGUAUAGCACCGUAUCAUCCCAUCAGGUCAUGAUCAUAAUUGUCUCUUAUCUUGGAGUAUUUUAUACUACUAUAUAGUUCAAAUCAUAUAUCAUUCGUACCAUGCUAGGGAUGUCCCGAUACGAUAUAUACGAUAUAUAUUCCGGCACCUCUAUCUUGCCACGCCCAGAUCCAGCAUGCUGAGCCCACAAAAUCACACCAACAGUGUGUACUAAGGUACUUACAAAAUAGCAGAGAGUAGGAGUGAUGUGUGGCAAUAUUUUUUGUUUAAGUCUGAAAAAGACAUGCAGCUGAGUGAAAAACAUGUCAUGCACAAUUUAGCGCCAAUAUCGGAUCAAUAAUGGUAUCGGUCAGUAUUGAAGGCUAUCGUAUCGGAAGUCAAAAAGUUGUAUCGGGAAUCCUUUAUAUCAUAUUAUAUUAUCUGAAAUCAUAUGGUAUAGUUAAGUAACAUUACAUAUUAUCCUACUGGUUCUUAAAGGUAUCACAAAUGUAAUUCUAUUGUGUGUCUUGUCAUAUACUAACAUAUCGUAUCUUAGUAUCCUGACUGAAGCAGCAGUUCCCACCCUAACUAAACAGAAAAUUGAUUAGUAACUGUAAAUUGUUGACAAUCAGAUACUCCAGCACUUUCUCAUCACGUAAAGUAAUAUUUUGAGUGUCUUGGAAAUUUAAGGCUGCUUUUCUACCUCUAAUCUCGUAGAGGCGAGAACAAGACUCCAGAUGAGUGUUAUAUACGAAAUAAUUUAGUUCAAAGUGAAAAGUGCUUCACCUUGAGCUCUGGGAAAUUACAAACUGUUUUCUGAUGUUUUCGUAGACAAAACAAUCAAGCAGAUUAACUGAUAAUGAAAGCAGUCAUUAACAGGAGCCCUUAUCUUAUAGUGAGAUCAUCUGUGGGGAGUAAAUGUUUAUCAUAAGAACGAUGUUGAAAAGAUCAGAGCUUGUUCGGUUAGAAAAACAGUCCAUAACUCACACACAAACACUUCCAUAUCGAACAAAACAAACAAAACAGGAUGAAAUUACCCUCGAAGCAUGGAUAAUAUCUUCAUUAAAAUCAGAACAAGAUUCAAUUAAAUAAAAAAACAAUGUAUCUUACACCGCAGUUUAAAUUCUGUGAGGUGACAGAGUUUAACACCUCCGAGUCACUCCUGUCCAACAUUUUUACAGAUUUCUGCUCCUCCAGCCUCAUGACAGCUCCUCCUGAGGCAACAAUGUGUGAACAGUUUGUUGAAUCUGGGUUUAAAAGCUCCAUGAAGGACUUACACACACACACACACACACACACACACACACACACACACACACACACACACACACACGUAAAUCCUCAUCCACAGGGAAUUUAAAGGAGCAAAAAAUCUGAGAGGUACUUCCUUCAUCUGUGAGCGGAUGCAUCGCCAUGGUGACGCUUCCUGAUCCCCCCCCAGAGGAUGUUACAUUAUGGGAACAAAUGGUGCAGGCAGUGAGAGAAAUAUUCUGACUCUUUAGCGAGGUAAAAAUGACUAAAUAAGUUGCGUCAAAGUGAUGUGAAGGUAAACAUAGACAGUAAUUGGACUCCGGUCACGGUAAAAUGACCCUGUUAGUAAUACUAUUGUGGUUUGAAAGCUGGAACAUCGUAUGAUUACAGUUCAUUCUGUCCUCAAACUAAUAGCUUCUUAACCUUGACUGAAAAACAACUAAAGCUCCUGUGAGGAAGUUUUUGUUUAUCUUGAUUUCGGUGCCCCCGGUGGACAAAAUGACGCCUCAUCUCUUUAAAGAUCUGAAAAUUUUGCACUAAGAGACGACUUGAUGGUAAAAACUUCACAAAUAGAGGUUCAAAAGUUUUAUGACCUGACUGGUGGAAAUAAUGUCAACAUAUAGUUCUGAUUAACUAAUUUACACAAAGUCUUAUGCAAAGCAAAGCCAAACAUGUUGGAACCACCGAGUAAAUAAUGAACCGUGUGAUUUGUUGUUUAAUCUUCUGUCAGUGUAAAACUAAUGUAAGUAAGUAAUAGGCUCAGUAUUUUCUUCUGUAAGGUGAAGACAUGAUUAAAAAUAAAGUGCAAAUGCUGUCAAAGGGCCCCUUUUAUUGUUCUUUGGUUUAUACUGUACAAAACCUGAUGAUAACUGAAGUAUCUGGUAGAUGCCUGACCCGCAUGUGAAGGAACUGCACACAGAGGGGAAAAUAAGAAAUGAACCAGUAUGAGGAUCCUCGUGACCUUAGUGUGAAGUUCUAUUUUCAAACGUGAGAAUACAGCUCUCAUAUAUGGUGAGAUUCACACCUCUAGGUCUCUGACACCCUGACAGAGUUUCUUUCUUUGCCCUCCUGUGGACACAAACCUGAUUUAUAAAGUAGACAUGGGUGCAGAGAGCAGAGAGCAGGCACGUGUUGGAAACACUAUUUCAGAGCUGGAAGGAUUUAUAAGUUGGCAAAUAAGUGGAUAAAAUGAAACAUAUGUAUACAUAAUUAUUGAUCAAUUAGCAGAUACUUUGGGAUUCAUAAUCAAAACAAGUUCUUUGAUUCAGGCUCUGUUAAUGUGUGGGUUUGUUACAUGUCUGUUUCAUAAUCCCAUAGAGUGAAAUCACUGUUUUAAGUAGACAUUUCAAGACUUUGGACACAGAUAUGGUUACAUAGUAAAAAAAAGAUUUCAACAGAUUACUCAUAAAUUUAGAAAAAUGAAACAGCUUUAACUUUAUUCUCUGGAGAUCCAGGGGCUCUUGAAGAAAUGUCACAUGUUUUCAGACCUUUGAAAACUGCUUGAAAAAGAUCGAUUUUUUAAAACUCCUUCACUGCAGCCUGUUAUAUUUCAUGAAAUCAUAGCUUCUUGUUUUAUAAACAAUCAGAUCAAACCUGUGAGUAAAAUAUUUAAGCUGCUGGUAGUGAAAAAAAUAACCUUUUUGAAGCUAAAGGACACAUUUUUCUGAAGUUUCUGUAUCCAGUGGUGUUUAGAGGGAUUUCAAAAGAAAGAUGAGUAUAGAAAGCCUCGAUAAUCUUCUACAUUUCCUCCUCUCACUGAUGUUUACCUCCCUCUGCUGCUCUCUGUUUGUCCUCCUAUGUGUAACCUCCACACUCUAACCUUCCCGGCUUUUCUGAGCUCUGUGCUGCUGUGUCUCCCAGCAGGCAUUGCAGCAGGACUAG